UAUCGUGGGACUUGAGUGAUAAAACAUCCGAAAAAAAUGAAAUUUCUUCUAAUUCUCUGCAUUUUCCUAAUUUUCAUUGAAUUUUCCUUUGGCGGUAGUUCCAUUUGUGUCUCCCAAAAUGAUUGUAAUGGUUGCCUCUAUGCAGAUGUAUCCUGUUCGUGGUGUAGAGAUCGCAAUUAUGAUAUGCGCAAGGUGCGGUGUAUGAUAAAAAGUGAUCUAAUUGCAUCGGGAUGUCGUGAGGAAUUCAUUCUGUCCAAUGGGGAAAAUGAAGUGAAUUACAUAAAGAAUGACGAUCACGUUGAUUUUACAAAAUCCAACCCUGAUGCUAUCCAAAUUCAGCCGCAACAUAUCAAAUUGAAAUUGCAAAAGCAGCGCACUCAAACGAUUAAAAUGACUUACAAGCCAGCACUGAAUUAUCCACUGGACUUAUACUACUUGAUGGACUUGACUGUAUCCAUGCGUGAUGAUAAGGAUACGCUCGUUAGUAUGGGAGGAAGCUUAGCGAAAGCUCUCUACGAAUUAACGCAAAACUACAGGCUAGGAUUUGGGAGUUUUGCCGAUAAACCCAAAAUGCCAUUUGUCUUUCCCAAUGAGAAGUAUACGGAGAAUCCUUGUGCCCCAGAGAAGGACGUAUGUGAACCACUCUACGGGUUUCGACAUCGUCUCAAUUUCACGACAAAUAUUGAGAGUUUUGUGCAGAAGGUCAAUUCAAGUGAUGUCACCGGCAACGUGGACAAUCUCGAAGGUGGUCUCGAUGCACUCAUGCAGAUUUUAGUUUGUGGCGAGAAAAUUGGAUGGCAAGAGCGGGCGAGGAAAAUUAUUGUCUUUGCAUCUGAUGGACAAAUGCAUUUUGCCGGUGAUGGCUUGUUGGCGGGAAUUGUGGAGAAGCACGAUAAAUUGUGCCAUUUAAGCGACGAUGGAGAAUACUUGGCAUCCACGCAAAUUGACUACCCUUCACUCGAGGAGAUCUACAGAACGCUCAUGAAGGAGAAGGUUAGCGUGAUAUUUGCAGUGACACGAGAUGUCCAUAGUCAUUAUGAUCAGAUUCACAAUCUCCUGCAUGGGAUGUCCAGCGUUGGUACACUGAUGAUGGAUUCAUCAAAUAUUUUGGAGCUUGUAGGGAAUGGAUACAAGGAAUUUGUGAAGCAAGUAGAAUUCUUCGACAAUGCUCCACCGUAUAUUCGUGUGGAUUACGAGACUACCUGCGGUGGCUACUACAAAUACCCAAAAGCACAGAGACGAUGCGACAAUGUAGAAACCAAUAAAAUGUAUGAAUUUUACAUCAAUAUCACUUUACUUGAUGAGCCAAAGGAUGGUAGGACGAAGGAUACCAUUCGGAUUGAAGAGUCCCACAUCACGGAUGAAUCCUUAGUGCUGGAUAUUGAGAUUGAGGAUGUUUGCGAGUGUCUUACGGAAGAGAUUGGUGAACCUAAUAGCCCGUUGUGCAAUAUGAAAGGAGAGAUGAAAUGUGGCAUGUGCAUCUGUGAAGCAGGAUGGGCUGGUUCACAAUGUGAUUGUGAGCUAUCCAAUUUCGACAGCUACAAAGCCUUAGAGAACAACUGUCGAAUACCAAUAAGAGAUUCUAGGACUAAUGAGACAUCCUACGGAGCUAUAUGCUCAGAUAAUGGGCAAUGCAUAUGCGGAGAAUGCUACUGCAAUGCUGGAAUAGAUGGAAAGUAUUGUGAUUGCCAAGCUUGUCCACUAAAUAGAGGCAAAGAGUGCUCAGAUCAUGGUACUUGUGACUGCGGAGUAUGCAAAUGCUUUGCCGAAUACAGCGGAGAUAAAUGUCAAUGCCCAUCAAAUUCUGUCUGCAAUGCCCCAAACACAGGUAUUGAGUGCUCGGGCAAAGGUAAAUGUGAUUGCGGUCGAUGUGUCUGUAAUCCAGGAUCAAUGGGAAAAUUCUGCGAAGGUGAAAGUCCCGAAGAAUCAUCUCUCUGUUUAUUCUACGAAGAAUGCGUGCUAUGCCUUAUAAAUCGCAGACAAGGAGAAAUUUGUAAUAAUGUCAAAGAUCUCUGCUCGUCCCAAGAUGGUCGAGAGUAUCACAAUGAAUUUGUUCAGACAUCCCCAGAUAAUGAGAUUCGAUGCGUUGUGACGACAAAAGAAAAAUCAAAUCCAAAUGUAACAUGUCGACAUGAAUUUGCCUACGACAAUACCAUUGAUGGUGAAACAUUUUUACAAAUCUAUAUGAAAAAUUGCAAACCCGUAAAUACGGCCUAUUUAUCCGUAAUGGUAGCUCUUGCGACAAUUGUUGCUGGGUUAUUGGGAAUAAUUGCGUAUAAAUGCCACAAUAUAAUGCAAGAUCGCAGAGAAUGGGCUAAAUUUGAGGAAGAACGCCAACAAACUGAAUAUCAUGAAUUAAAUCGAAUUUACAAAAAUCCAAUAACUAAAUUUGAAGUUCCGGAUGAAUAUAGACAAUCUAUUCCUGAUCCUUCUUUUGAAGUAUUGGACUCACCAACGAGGACAAGCCUUUAAAUAAAAUGGAAAAAUUAUUGGCACAAAGCAAAAUAUCAAUUUCCGUAUCAUUCUAAUUUUUUUGAAUAGUUUUUUUUAAAAUAUUCUUUCAAAUUUAUUAUUUCAUUUCUUUGAAUUUUCAUACAAUUAUGUAUUUUCAUUAAAUCAAAAAGACGUACAAAAAGGUACAAGAAUACUUAAUACAUAUUAAAAAUUAUAUUAAAUUAAGUUUAUUCUAAAAUUAUCUUUUUUUUUGGUAAUUUUCACGUUUAAAAGAUGAUCUAAAUCUUAAAAUUAUGUAUACUUAAUUUUGAGCUUUUGCAUUACAUAUGUCCUAUCCAAUUAAGUGAAGAUCGCGAAGUUCACACCACAGAAAACAAAUAUUAAUUUGUGGCUUAGAAAAUAUUUUAAAGAUAUAGUUUCAUUUCUUUGUACCAGAAACUCUCUAGACAAAAAGAUUUUAUAAUGUUAAUAAAUUUUUUUAACUUGAAAA